UCCGCGCGACGAGGCCGAGACGAGUCCCGCGGUGACGGCGUGCAAGGCGGUGAGCCGGCGCGCUCCCAGCCCCGGGAAAGCCCCGGCGCCGCGACCGCAAGCCCCGGGCCCUCGGAGCCGCCAGGGCGCGCCGAGCCGCUCGCCUUCUUGCCCCUCCCGGCAGGGAUCCCCUCGCUGCCUGCGGCCGGGACUCCGGGCCUCUUCGGGGCUUAGUCCCGAGUCCGCCCCCGGGUCGGGGUUUUCCGGGGGGUCUUCGGAGCGGUUCUCUCUGCUCCUUAAAACAGCGCCGAGGGACCCCUCCCCAGGCCCCCUGCUCUGGCCCCAGCCCUCACACUCCGGAUGCGCUGCCCCGCAGCUCCCUGAAAGCCGCUAGCCCACGAGCCCGGCCGGUGGGCGGCGGCGGCAGACUGACAUGCCCCGGACGCGGCUGCGGCCGGCGGGCAGCCCGCGGGGGCGAUGAGCCGCUGCGGCCGGUGAGGAGCCCGGCGGCGGGGGCAUCGCGCACCUUCCUCACCCCCCUCACUUGCCCACCCCUCCCGGGAGAUCGAGAGGAAACGGUCUCUGGACUGUCAGGAGGACCAUUGGUGCUGCAGUGGAAGCCAGCGGCUAAGUCUCGUGUAUGGCGUGGUUAAGGUUGCAGCCUCUUACCUCUGCCUUCCUCCAUUUUGGGCUGAUUACCUUUGUGCUCUUCCUGAAUGGUCUUCGGGCGGAGGCUGGCGGCUCAGGGGAUGUGCCCAGCACAGGGCAGAACAAUGAGUCCUGUACAGGGUCAUCGGACUGCAAGGAAGGUGUCAUCCUGCCAAUCUGGUACCCGGAGAACCCUUCCCUUGGAGACAAGAUUGCCAGGGUCAUUGUCUAUUUUGUGGCCCUGAUAUACAUGUUUCUCGGGGUGUCCAUCAUUGCUGAUCGCUUCAUGGCAUCUAUUGAAGUCAUCACUUCUCAAGAGAGAGAGGUGACUAUCAAAAAGCCCAAUGGAGAGACCAGCACAACCACGAUUAGGGUCUGGAACGAAACUGUCUCCAAUCUGACCCUUAUGGCCCUGGGUUCCUCUGCUCCUGAGAUCCUCCUCUCUUUAAUUGAGGUGUGUGGUCAUGGGUUCAUUGCUGGUGAUCUGGGACCUUCUACCAUUGUAGGCAGCGCAGCCUUCAACAUGUUCAUUAUCAUUGGUAUCUGCGUCUACGUGAUCCCCGAUGGAGAGACUCGCAAGAUAAAGCACCUCCGAGUCUUCUUUGUCACUGCUGCUUGGAGCAUCUUUGCCUACAUCUGGCUCUAUAUGAUCCUGGCUGUCUUCUCUCCUGGUGUGGUCCAGGUUUGGGAAGGCCUCCUCACUCUCUUCUUCUUUCCAGUGUGUGUCCUUCUGGCCUGGGUGGCAGAUAGGCGACUGCUCUUCUACAAAUACAUGCACAAAAAGUACCGCACAGAUAAACACAGAGGAAUCAUCAUAGAGACAGAGGGUGACCACCCCAAAGGCAUCGAGAUGGAUGGGAAAAUGAUGAAUUCCCACUUCCUAGAUGGGCAUCUGGUGCCCCUGGAAGGGAAGGAAGUGGAUGAGUCCCGCAGGGAGAUGAUCCGGAUUCUCAAGGAUCUGAAGCAAAAACACCCAGAGAAGGACUUAGAUCAGCUGGUAGAGAUGGCCAAUUACUAUGCUCUCUCCCAUCAACAGAAGAGCCGCGCCUUCUACCGGAUCCAGGCCACCCGUAUGAUGACUGGCGCAGGCAAUAUCCUGAAGAAGCAUGCAGCAGAACAAGCCAAAAAGUCCUCUAGCAUGAGCGAGGUGCACACUGAUGAGCCGGAGGACUUUGUCUCCAAGGUCUUCUUUGACCCGUGCUCUUACCAGUGCCUGGAGAACUGUGGGGCUGUGCUCCUGACAGUGGUGAGGAAAGGGGGGGACAUGUCCAAGACCCUGUAUGUGGACUACAAAACAGAGGAUGGUUCUGCCAAUGCGGGGGCUGACUAUGAGUUCACAGAGGGCACUGUGGUUCUGAAGCCAGGAGAGACCCAGAAGGAGUUCUCUGUGGGCAUCAUUGAUGAUGACAUUUUUGAGGAGGAUGAACACUUCUUUGUGAGGUUGAGCAACGUUCGCAUAGAGGAGGAGCAGCCAGAGGAGGGGAUGCCUCCCAGAGUACUCAAUAGUCUUCCCUUGCCUCGGGCUGUCCUGGUGUCCCCUUGUGUGGCCACGGUCACCAUCUUGGAUGAUGACCAUGCGGGCAUCUUCACUUUUGAAUGUGACACUAUUCAUGUCAGUGAAAGUAUUGGUGUCAUGGAGGUCAAGGUUCUGCGGACAUCAGGUGCCCGGGGCACAGUCAUCGUCCCCUUUAGGACAGUAGAAGGGACCGCCAAGGGUGGUGGUGAGGAUUUUGAAGACACAUAUGGGGAGUUGGAGUUCAAGAAUGAUGAAACUGUGAAAACCGUAAGGGUUAAAAUAGUAGAUGAGGAGGAAUACGAAAGGCAAGAGAAUUUCUUCAUUGUCCUUGGUGAACCGAAAUGGAUGGAACGUGGACUAUCAGCGCUCCUGUUGUCUCCAGAGGUGACAGACAGGAAGCUGACUGUGGAGGAAGAGGAAGCCAAGAGGAUAGCAGAAAUGGGAAAGCCAAUAUUGGGUGAACACCCCAAACUAGAGGUCAUCAUUGAAGAGUCCUAUGAGUUCAAGACUACCGUGGACAAGCUGAUCAGGAAGACAAACCUGGCCUUGGUUGUGGGGACCCAUUCCUGGAGGGACCAGUUCAUGGAGGCCAUCACUGUCAGUGCAGCCGGGGACGAGGAUGAGGAUGAGUCAGGUGAGGAGAGGCUGCCCUCCUGCUUUGACUACGUCAUGCACUUCCUAACGGUCUUCUGGAAGGUGCUGUUUGCCUGCGUGCCCCCCACAGAGUAUUGCCAUGGCUGGGCCUGCUUCGUCGUCUCCAUUCUCAUCAUCGGCAUGCUCACAGCUGUCAUCGGGGAUCUGGCCUCCCACUUCGGCUGCACCAUUGGCCUCAAGGACUCGGUCACGGCUGUUGUUUUUGUGGCGUUUGGCACCUCUGUGCCAGAUACGUUUGCCAGCAAAGCAGCCGCCAUCCAGGACGUGUACGCAGAUGCCUCCAUUGGCAAUGUCACGGGCAGCAACGCCGUCAACGUGUUCCUGGGCAUUGGCCUGGCCUGGACCGUGGCCGCCAUCUACUGGGCCCUGCAGGGACAGGAGUUCCACGUGUCAGAGGGCACGCUGGCCUUCUCUGUCACCCUCUUCACCAUCUUUGCGUUUGUGUGCAUCAGCGUGCUCUUGUACCGCCGGCGGCCCCACCUGGGCGGGGAGCUGGGCGGCCCUCGUGGCUGCAAGCUGGCCACGACUUGGCUCUUUGUGAGCCUGUGGCUUCUCUACAUACUCUUUGCCACGCUGGAAGCCUACUGCUACAUCAAGGGGUUCUGAGCCGCAGCAGCCCUGGAGAGGCAGUAUCAGGACCCGAGCCCCAGGAACUUCACCCGACCAGGCCCUGGCAGUGAACUGAAAGGGCGGAGUCUUAAUCAAUCCAACAGAAUGGAGGAAAUACCCAUUUUACAAAGUAUUUAAUUCAAUACAAACCAACAACAGCGACAAAUCCAACUCCAGCCCAUCUUCCCGCCAUGUCCCUGACCCAUAACAAAAUCAGACCCUUUCGCCACCUUCUGUUCCACCUUCUGAUUAUUCCUUUGCUUCUACUUUCCUCAGGGGCAGGGUUUCUCCUGUCUGUCCGGUUGGAUACAUCACCGUUCUCUCACUCCACUGGCGAGGCUUGAAAAUGAGUCCUAUCCACGUGGCUGGCUCGGGGUUCUCUUUUCAUUAUCGUGGUGGCUUUCAUUUUCCCAUCAGGUUUUGCUCAUCAUUUGUUUGUUCAUCUUGUCUUUUCUCUCUGAGGUUAGUGACAACGGUGCUGUGAAGGAGCUCAAGGUCUGAGCCGAUGGGUAGAGGCAUGAACUUGCAGACACACCCUCUCCCACUUGCACUGGGUAACAGCUGUCUCUUGCUCCAUCGAGGUCCUUCCCCCCCACCC